AUGGAGCACUCUAAUGUGCAUGUCCUGCUUGGGCGCCCGAUUCAGCAGGGAGUCUCGUACGCUUUUGGCAUCAUGGUGCAGAACCCCUCGAGCCAGAGCUCGCAGGAGGAGCAGCUUCAGUGGAUGGUGAGGACCCGGGACAGCAGCGACCUGGUCGUGGAGGAAAGUUCAGGAGGUGCCGCCUGGCUGGAUGCCUCUGCCAGCGACAGUCCUGGCAAGAUGUGGGGCCUUUCCACGUCUGAGCUGGAUGCUCCGACUCUCCGAUGGGGAGAGCUGCUGCCUUUCUACAUCACGCUGAAUACGGCUUAUGUUACGGUUCUUCCCAUUCAGGUGCCGUUUGACUUGUCCACGCCGAUGCGGUUUACCGCUCCGCUUGGCUGGAUCUGGGAACCUGCCGUGGUGGAGAGCGGCUUCUGGCAGGACGCUGCCUUUGGCUCCACAGCAGCUUUGCCUGGGAACGCAGUGCCUACGGUCUCCGACGACAUUUUCCUUUCAUGGACAACGCCUAUGGUCUUCGUGAGUGGCGAGAUUUACGGCUUUCGAGUCCCUGUCCGAGUGCCCAGAUGGCCUUCAACAGGAGCUGAUUUCCUUCUUGAGCUCGGCAACUGGAGUGGGACUGCUGAUGCCGGGCAGCGCCCGCUGGCAGUUUUGCUCCCGGGACCUUCGCUCAGCGCAGUGCGAGGGGCAUGGGUUGACUAUGUGACAGGACGAGUUGGAGAACAGCAUGGAGUGCGUGUACAGCUGACCACCGCGACGCCGAUUUUUGCAGGAGGCGGUUUCAUCUUUGAGGGCGGUGUGGCGACGAGGCGGUUGCGUUGCAGCUGCCCUGGCACAACAGAUGGCUACACCUGCGCCGUGCAGAGCCUGUUCUCGGGCGAAAUCCUGCUUAGAAUGGUGUCCGCGAGGGCGCUCCUCGCUGGGACCUACUCCUUCCUCUUCCUCUGCACGAACGCGGCCAACACUGUACCUGCAGGCUCUUGGAGGUUCGCCACGUAUCAAGACCCGGAAAACUAUCCGGAUGCCACUGAGGUUGACACUCCAUCCACAGUGCCAGGAUUUGCUGUUCAGGAGGCCUUGCAGCACUUCGAGCGGCUUCCAGCCGCGAUCACUUGGUCCUUCGAUCCACGUCCCCUCAGGGACAGCUCCACCAUCCUGGCCUUUACUUUGCCCGGCAACGGUGUGCUUCCCAGUCGCGUGCGGCUGCGCGGCCCGGAGGGGAUGAAGCUGAAGCUGCACUGCAUGCCGCAAAUCGUUGUUGACCUUGGGCAAGUCUUCCAACUGGACGUCUCGCUAGCGGCCAACUACUCACAGCUUCCGGAUUUGACGAUUGGUUGUGUCGUGGUUGUGAAAACUUGA